AUGAGCCGCCCGUGGCCGCUUCUGCUGCUGCUGGCGGUGCUGUGUCUGAUCAGAGUCGGCAGCGGCACCGGUGCUCUCGGCUGGGGGACCGUGCUGCCCGGGUUCACCUGUUACCGACCGCUGGGAGCGCCGGCUCGGUUCCUCUGGCCGCCGUUCAGCGCAGCCAAUCGACACAGGCCGCCGCCGGCUCACCGGGCGGACGCCUGCAUCUGCCGCUGUCAUGCGAUUGGCUACUUCUUUGCCGUGUUCAUCCGCCGCGCCCAGCCGCUGCCGGGCGGCGGUGGCCCCUCCAACUGCUUCUGCAUGAACCACUGGAACAAGAAGCUGACCGAGGUAGGUGCUCAGCACUGCCGCAGCAGACCCGACUUCUGGGUGGCCUAUAAACUGAUGGGAAAUCCGAAGCUGGCCAGCCACUGCAGAGGCGCGAGGGUGAUACGGAAACGGCCACCGCCAACAACUAGACGUCCGAGAAGAACCCCUCCGACCCAGCCUCCCAACAGGAGGCGGAAGACACCGCCGACCCCGCCUAGGAGACGGAGGACUCCACCAACCCCGCCUAGAAGACGAACUCCGCCAACCCGGCGCCCAACUAGAAGGAGAACACCUCCAACUCCGCCCAGAAGACGAAGGACCCCGCCGACUCCGCCUAGAAAGCCGAAGACUCCGCCAACUCCACCUAGAAAACGGACUCCGCCAACCACGCCUCGGAGGCAGAAGACCCCGCCAACUGGGUAUCCGAAACACUGGCCCAAGAAGCCGAAGCACCCACCAACUCGCCCGCACACACCACCUCCUGGAAAACGCUCUGGAGGGGAGCGAGGAGGGCCUCCACCCAGUUCCGGUACCUAUGGGGUGUACCCAAGCCGGCCGGACGGAAAGGUAACCUACCCGUGUCAGCCUGGCUCCAGCCACUGUCCUCCCGGUUCACACACGGUCCAGCCGAGACAGUACCACGGUUAUCAGGGCACGCAGUACCCCGUGUACCAAGAACCGUACCGGGGUCACAACAGCCAGCCCCCGUGUGACCACUGCGCCCGCUCGAGCUCCGAUCGUGGGCCGCACGUGGUGCACGUGUUUCACCACGGGGCGCCCACGCGGCCGCCCAGUGUGCAGCACGUGCACAUCAACGUGCACCAGAACCAGCUGCAGAACGUGCAGGCCCGCGGCGGCUCCGGCUCCGGCUCCGGAGGCGGAGCAACCGCCGGGGCCGCCAGCAAUGCCGUGGUGAACGUACACGUCAAUGGGCAGGGCGGCAGGCCGGCCGGUAGGGGCGGCACGGUGGUCAACAACUCUCUAGGAUCGCGGCUGGCUGCCACCGCGGCCGGCGCCGGCCCGGGAGGUCAGCCGAGCGAGGCUGGAGCUGUCCAGACAGCUAGCAGCAAGAGCUCGGCAGGAACCGGAGAGCAUGGAGGAGUCGAGAAACGGGCCGGGCCCUGCGGAGGAGCACCCGGAGGAUGCGGAAGCUGCUGCAAGUAUUAACGUGACAAACUUCCAGGAGUAAAGUCGGACGGUGUUGCGCAAUAGCUGCG